AUGUCUCUCUCCAAACCUCACCGUAAACCCCGCUUCAAAGACUGGCUCGUUUAUGUCUUAGACAACGACCUCUGCAGCGACGAUGCGAGAUGGCAGGACAGCUCUCGACGCACGGCUAUCAUUCGCUGGCCGCACAAAUCGCGUGGAACAUGGUCUUUGGAGAAAGAUGCCAAACUCUUCAAAAUGUGGGCCAUCACUUCGGGGAAAUAUCGAACAAACGUCGACGCACCAAAUCCCAAAUCUUGGAAGUGCAACUUCAGAAUGAAUUUAAAUAUUUGUAAGAAUAUCACUGAAUUGAAACACGAAAGAGUACCGAAGGGUCCAAAUGCUUGCAGAGUGUUCGCGUUCUCGGAUCGAAGAACUGCUUUGCAAAAUUGUGACUUUCCGGGCUUCGAGUAUGGUGAGUUAUAAUUAUGUAUAGUCAUGCGCCAGUAUGCAUGCACGUCGACAUUACUAGCUGUUUCUUUGUUAAUUGGACGGCUAGAAAAUAGCACAUUUUCACCUAGUUGAGUAUAUUUGCAUUCGUAUAGUUGUAGUAUAGUAGCAGGGUUUUAACACUGAGCAUUAUCGUGCAGAAAUGGAGGUCAAUUACAUGCAUUUUUGAGCGCGAGAAAAAAUUUGAAUGAUGUAGUAGGCCUAUAUAGCGUUGUACUUUCAUGGAAACAAAUUAAUAAGUCCAGAGAUAUAGUUUGCACUGAAUAAUGAUGGCAAUAUAAGCUACAAUAUGACAACGUGACACUUCAACAUUUGAGAUUUCAACCGGCCUGUAUAUGUUUGCGCUUAUUGAUACUAUAAUUAACCUGCACAUAUAUUUUGGCGCUAUGAAAUCCUUACAAAAAACAGGAUAUUACAAUUAUAAAAAAAUGCUACAACACAUUCUCCAAAGCCAAGGGCUCACACUGAUACCAGUUCUUCUUAACUGACGCGAUUACCCUGAUGAAAUAAAGUUUAUUUGAUUUGAUACAUUCAUAUAUCUAGGAAACAGGAUUACUUAUCCGUGUUUAUAAAAGGCUUUAUUACAAAGUUAUUGCACGGAAAACCCUUUGACAAAACAAUUUUCGCUUUUGCAGUCAAUUCCCGCGGAUACCUUAAACGUAUAAAGAACCACUGUGUAUUAUUGUAAUAUAAACAAUUUCGUUUUCGGCGCGGUUUGAUUGGCGAUUGAAAUAGCUCGCAAUGUUUUUGUAAGAUACUUAUAUCAGCUAUAAAUAUAUAAAGUUAAAAGACCCGGGCGAGAGUAUAUAACUUAUAAUUAUAUUAGUGAAAAUUCAAUAAUAAUAAAAUUAUUGUCUAUACCCACAUAAAAGCGAAGUCAACGAAUAUAAUUCAGGAAGUGAAAAAGUCACUAAUUUUUCAUAUAAGUCUAAAAUUUCGUUUUCAAAACGCAAGUUUAUAGAGCGUUACGUAUGAGCAAUCAAUUAAAAAAAUUGUCGCUGUUUUAAAAGAAGUGCCGGGCGAUUUUGAAAGUGCAAGUCCAUUGGAAUUUUGCAAGCAUAUAAUUAUCAUGUUAAUUAAUGAGUUAAUUGCAGAAAAUAAGGAACUAAAUCCUUUCAAAUUUUAAUGGCAUGCAAAUGCUGUAAUCUACGUGCGACUUAAAGGUUUUAGUACUGUACACAUAUUAUUAUUAGUCAAACGUGGUGGUUCAGUGUAGGUAGUAUUCUACAAUAAGCUGCCGUGAUUUGUGUCUGAACUACCUGAAAAAGAUAUCUCAAACGUGAUCCAGUGUAGGUAGUAUUCUACAAUAAGCUGUCGUGGUUUGUGUCUGAACUACCUGAAAAAGAUAUCUCAAAUGUGGUGGUUCAGUGUAGGUAGUAUUCUACAAUAAGUUGUCGUGGUUUGUGUCUGAACUACCUGAAAAAGAUAUCUCAAAUGUGGUGGUCCAUUGUAGGUAGUAUUCUAUAAUAAGCUGCCGUGGUUUGUGUCUGAACUACCUGAAAAAGAUAUCUCAAACGUGGUGGUCGAGUGUAGGUAGUAGUAUUCUACAAUAAGCUGUCGUGGUGUGUGUCUGAACUACCUGAAAAAGAUAUCUCAAACGUGGUGGUCCAGUGUAGGUAGUAUUCUACAAUAAGCUGUCGUGGUUUGUGUCUGAACUACCUGAAAAAGAUAUCUCAAACGUGGUGGUCCAGUGUAGGUAGUAUUCUACAAUAAGCUGUCACGCUUUGUGUCUAAACUACACACGUAAAAACGCACAAGUUGUUAAGGGGCCAUUCACAAAGGAUGUCCGUGCCGGGGGGGGGGGGUUUGGAAUAUCAGGACAAACUCGGACAUAGGGGGGGAGGGGGGUUUUUUAGCAAUCCGGAUGUCCGAAAUUUAAAAAAAUCAAAAACAAAUUUCUUUUUCCCUCUAUUUUGAGCAGUCCUUCCCAUUGUGAAAUUGGCAUUUUGACUAUGCGGUUAACACUAGAUUUUGUUUUAAUUAGUAAUUUAUAUGUUUUUGUGUUCACAUUUACAGUUAUAAAAAAGUUCUAAAAGUAAGAAAAGUUUUUUACUCUUGAUAUAUACAUGGUUGCGUGAGUUUUUGCGAGGCAUGGCGGAUGUCCGGGGGGAGGGGUCACUAAUUCGGACAAUGCCGGACAAGGGGGGGAGGGGGGGGGGUCUGAAAAUCCAUCAUUUGGCCGGACAUCCUUUGUGAAUGGCCCCUAAGGUCUGUAAACAAGUUGUCACAAAUAUCUGUUCCCAAGCUGUCGACAAGUUGUGUUCGCACUGCUUGUUCCCAGUUGUUGUAACAAGUUUGGAACAAGCUGUUAACAACUUGUAACAAGCUUGAUGGCAUUAUCAAACUUGUUACAAGGUUAUUCUAACAAGUCUGAUACAAUCAUGAUAUAACAAGAAUGUUACAAGGUUGACGACACAAGAUUGUAACAAUAUUGUUACGUCAUGACUGUAUCAGACUUGUUGGAACAACCUUGCAACAAGUCUGAUAAUAUCAACAAGGUUGUUACAAAUUGUUAACAACUUCUUCCAAACUUGUUGACAACUUGGGACAAGCAGUGUGAAAAGAACUUGUUGACGGCUUGUUGGCAGACUUGCCACAAAAUGUUUUUGCGUGUGUAAAUGAAAAAAAUAUUGAUAGAUAUUCCUAUUUUACAUGAUACAGGAAGGAGUCGCUGUUACGCCGGUCCGCCAAAAGAUUUUUACACACCAACAAAUUAUGUACCAGGCAUAAUGCAUGAACUACCCGAGAUGUACCCCACAUAUGGUAUUCCUAACGCGGGAAAAUACAUGUAUCCGGGUAAGAAUUAAGAUUCAGCUUGUAAUAAAAUGUCGUUUCAAUUGUCGCAUCAUCAUAUGCGAUCAACUGAUGAUAAAAUGUAUUACUUUUUUUUGUAGAAAUGGAAGAAAUACCACCUCAGGUAAGAGCACCUCGUUCCGCUAAACUUCGCGUUAACAUACAUGUACUACACUAUACCAUACAACACCAUAUGCCAUACCAUACCAUACCAUACCAUACCAUACCAUACCAUACCAUACCAUACCAUACCAACACCAUACCAUACCAUACCAUACCAUACCAUUGCAAGACUACACAAUAUCAUACCAUACCAUACCAUACAACACCAUACUAUACCAUUCGCAUUAACAUACAUGUACCACACUAUACCAUACAACACCAUAUGCCAUACGAUACAAGACUACACAAUACCAUACCACACCAUACCAUACCAUACAACACACCAUACACACCAUACUAUACCAUACCAUACCAUACCAUACCAUACCAUACCAUACCAUACCAUACAACACCAUACUAUACCAUACCAUACAACACCAUACUAUACCAUACCAUACCAUACUACACCAUACCACACCAUACUAUACACCAUACCAAACCAUAUAACACUACACAAUACAAUACAACACAAUACCAUACCACACGACACCAUGCCACACCAUACCACACCAUACAACACUACACAAUACCAUACCACACCAUACCAUACCAUACAACACCACACCACACAAUACAAUACAAUACAAUACAAUACAAUACAAUACAAUACAAUACAAUACAAUACAAUACAAUACAAUACAAUACAAUACAAUACAAUACAAUACCAUACCAUACCAUACCAUACCAUACCAUAACAUAACAUAACAUAACAUAACAUACCAUACCAUACCAUACCAUACCACACCACACCAUACAACACCAUACCAACCAUACCAUACCACACCAUACAAUACCAUACCACACCAUACCAACCAUACCACACCACACCACACCACACCAUACACCACCAUACCACACCAUACCAUACCAUACAACACCAUACCAUACCAUACAACACCAUACCAUACCACAACAUACCAUACCAUACCAUACCACAACAUACCAUACCAUACCAUACCAUAAACACAAUUUCUAAUGUCUUAAAAUACUAAACCUUUUCCAACAUGCAAGCUGACACUUAUCCAACAUUUUUCAGGUUAUCGAAGACAUCUGCAGUCUAAAUUCUGAAACAAGCAUGAGAGGUUUCGAAACAGCUUCACAAGAACAUCCACUUAAAUUACAACAUCUCUCAACCAGUUCUGAAUCCAGUAUGACCGGUUUUGAGCCAGUUCAUCAAGAUCAUCCAAUCAACUACCAACACCCACCAACCAGUUCUGAAUCGAGUGUCACUGGUUUUGAACCAGUUGAACAAGAUUCUCUGAAACUUCAGAUCGAUAAUUUCAAAACAACGGAACUCAGCACGAUGGCUGACCAUUUUGCCGAGCCACCGGACUUUUGCGAGACUCACAUGUAAAUAUUUAAUUUCAAUAACAUUGCUGCAAACAUUUAGUUAUUUACAAGCCUUGGGUUAAAUAUACAAAACUCGUAAUUUAAAAGCCUGUUCACAGAGUCGAGAUUAUUUUAAAAUAUUGAAAUAAGUUGCUAUAAAGCAUAUACAAAAGUCAAAAUGUUAAAAUAACUGACCGGUUGAGUUGGUCAGAUUUUGUAGUUUUAUAAGAUUAUCAUAG